AUGUUGAUCUUUCGUUGUAAUCGACAAUUUAGUCAUUCACUGUAUAACUCUUAUGGUAGGGUGCUACUCAAGAACAAUCCGUUAAAGGCCACACAUUACAUUUCAACAAAAUAUGCUAACCAAACAAUAUCAAACAGUGUGGGAUUGACUGGUCUGACUCUAAAGAGAUUUGCCAGUAACGUACCGGUGAAAAAGCAUGCCAACACAAUUCCGAAAGUUGCUGCUACACCACCUAAAACGAAUCCACAAUCAAAGGCCCCAACAAUCUCAGAGUUAAAGAUUCUAAAGGAUCUUUUUAAAUAUAUAUGGCCGAAAGGAGACAAUAAAGUUAAGUCAAGGGUAUUGAUAGCUCUUUCUCUGUUAAUUGGUGCUAAACUUCUAAAUGUACAAGUUCCUUUCUUCUUCAAACAAACCAUCGAUUCAAUGAAUGUUGAAUGGAGUGAUCCAACAAUUGCAUUACCUGCAGCAAUUGGUUUAACGAUAUUUUCUUAUGGUGUUGCAAGAUUUGGUGCUGUGUUAUUAGGUGAAUUAAGAAAUGCAAUAUUUGCUAAAGUUGCUCAAAAUGCCAUCAGAACAGUUUCACUUGAGACAUUUCAACAUUUAAUGAAAUUAGAUUUAGGGUGGCAUUUAAGUAGACAAACUGGUGGUUUAACAAGAGCAAUGGAUAGGGGUACUAAAGGUAUAUCGUACGUGCUAAAUGCAAUGGUGUUCCAUAUCAUUCCAAUUACAUUUGAAAUAUCUGUUGUUUGUGGUAUACUUACUUACCAAUUUGGCGCAUCAUUCGCAGGAAUUACUUUUACUACAAUGUUAUUAUAUACAAUUUUUACAAUCCGGACUACAGCAUGGAGAACUCAAUUCAGACGAAAUGCUAACAAGGCCGAUAAUAAAGGUGCCAGUAUUGCUCUAGAUUCAUUGAUUAAUUUUGAAGCUGUAAAAUAUUUUAAUAAUGAAAAUUAUUUGGCUUCUAAAUACAACAAAUCAUUGGUAAGUUAUAGGGAUUCUCAAAUAAAAGUAUCGCAAUCGUUAGCGUUUUUAAAUUCAGGUCAAAAUUUUAUUUUUACAUCAGCAUUAACCGCUAUGAUGUAUAUGGGUUGCACAGGUGUCCUUGGCGGAAGUCUUACUGUUGGUGAUCUAGUUUUAAUCAAUCAAUUAGUCUUCCAACUUUCUGUUCCAUUGAAUUUCUUAGGUAGUGUUUAUCGUGAAUUAAAACAGUCUUUAAUUGAUAUGGAAUCAUUGUUUAAAUUAAGAAAAAAUGAAAUUAUUAUUCAAAACUCCGAAAAUCCAUUAGAAAUAAAUCCCCAAACAACAAGUCAAAAUGGAGGUCAUAUCCCAUUUGAGAUCAAAUUCGAAAACGUUACGUUUGGUUACCAUCCAGAUAGAAAGAUAUUAAAGAAUGCAUCAUUUAUUAUUCCUGCUGGUUCUAAGACUGCUGUCGUAGGACCAUCAGGUAGUGGUAAAUCUACAAUUCUUAAAUUAGUAUUUAGAUUUUAUGAUCCCCAAGAAGGUCGAAUUCUUAUCAACGGGGUAGAUGUUAGAGAUAUGGAAAUCAAUUCAUUACGUAAAUUAAUUGGUGUCGUUCCACAAGACACACCGUUAUUCAAUGAUACUAUAUGGGAGAAUGUUAAAUUUGGUAGAAUUGAUGCUACAGAAUCCGAAAUCAACGAUGUUAUUGAAAAAGCACAAUUAAGAGGCUUAAUAGAUAAAUUACCACAGGGUCUAGAGACUAUUGUUGGUGAAAGAGGUCUAAUGAUUAGUGGUGGUGAAAAACAAAGAUUAGCCAUUGCUAGGGUACUUUUAAAGAAUGCAGAUAUUAUGUUUUUCGAUGAAGCAACUAGUGCUUUGGAUACACAUACAGAACAAGCGUUAUUGAAAACAAUUCGUUCUAACUUCAAAGAUCGUUCAAGAACAAGUAUUUAUAUCGCACAUAGAUUAAGAACUAUUGCAGACGCAGACAAAAUCAUUGUUCUAGAUGAUGGAUCUGUCAAGGAAGAAGGUACACAUUCUGGGCUAUUGUCAAAAGAACAUUCAUUGUAUAAGGAUCUCUGGAAUAUACAAGAGAAUUUGGAUAUGAUAGAAGAAGUACUAGAGGAAGAAAAGACACAUGAAGCAGGAAACAAAGAUAAUAAUUUAUUAAAAACAAAAUAG